GAUCGGUGGUCAGCAGCCAGGUAAUUGCCUCGUUCAAAAAGGUCAGAGUGGUGGCGCGUACAGGCCACCACAUCUACGGAGUGGUCAGGGUCUGGGGCCUACAAGGGUACUGGAAACAAGUGAAGGGUCUGGGAGAGGUGGGUCUGUUGUGGGACCAGCAGGUGGUGGAAGUGGAUUGUGGACUGGGAGGUCAUGGGGACCCACUUCUGGGCCUCCUCAGUCUCAACCUCAGUCUCCGAGGGUUCCUGAUCAAACGAUUCCUAGUAUUCCUCUUUAACUUUUUUCUUUACAUCUUAAUGUGAAUAUGUUUGUGUUCAUAGGUUGUGGGGGCUCACAAUUCUAAAUACAAUUUGCGAAUUUAACACGAAAUUGACUUGGAAUUAAUGGGUGUAUAUUUGUUGUAAACUUGUGAAUCUAUUAUACACACAGACACGGAGCCGAUAAUACACAAUUAUAGAUGGUUGGGUAUGAGUCUGGACUCAUAAGAACUCGACACGACACGACCUAUUGACAGUUCUAUUCCUGUUUGUGGAUAGUCCAGAUGUUUUAUAUUGAAGAAUUUUAGAGCAAUUGGGCUGGAACUGUACAUGUUGGUUAUCAUGUUGUUCUGGUUUGAUAAUCUUGUAAGAUUGUAUAAAUCUAUUGAUAGGAAACAAAGACUUUGAGAUUGAGAAAUUUAUUGAUCUAUUCUAUAAUGAUGGUUUCAUUGUUUUUCAAGUGCAUUGAUCAUGAUUUCAUUGAAUUUGGUGUCUUACCUUGUUUGUAUUGUUGGGGAAGUACUUGUUUUGUUUGAAUUAAAUUCGUUGGUCUAUUAAGAAACCAAAAGAAAAAGCAUUAGUGUCACCUGUAAUUUGAUUUUCGUAGGUAGUUUCUAUGUAUGGUCAUAGAGUUGAUUAUGGGUUUAAAAAGUUCAGGGAUUUUUCUCUCAGAUGUCCCUUUGUUCCAUAUGCUGUUUUCGUUUUGUAGAAGUCAUUUAUUGAUGAAAUUCAAAGAUUUUGGCUAAACAUUUCAUUAUUUCAUUUUUCUACACAGAUCCUGUUAUUCCAGAUGUGCAGUCAUUGCAAAUUUCAGAAGAGAAGCCUCAAUCAACUCCUUUAGAAAGUAAGGAGAACAGACUUAUGCCCAUAAAACGGCCUGACAAAGGAGGCAAGCUUACGAUCAGGCCGAUAACGCUUCUCAUCAACCAUUUUUGCGUCACAAUCAAUCCAGAGAGCACGGUGUUACACUACGAUGUGGAUAUUAAACCCGAUAUGUCUGCAAAGAAAUCCAUUCCAAAAUCUGAUCGUCGUUUGAUCAAGGACAAGCUAUCCUCUGAUGAUCCAACACGAUUUCCUCAGGAAAUGACUGCUUAUGAUGGUGAGAAGAAUGCUUUCAGUGCAGUGCUAUUGCCCACUGGGCAAUUCAAGGUGGAAUUGUCUCGUGGGGAUGAGAUGCAGAGUGGUCCCUAUUUAUUUACAAAUAAGUUUGUAAAUGAGCUGAAGCUUUCCAAGCUAGAGGAUUACUUAAGUGGGACGCUUGAGUGUAUCCCUCGCAAUGUAUUACAAGGGAUGGAUUUGGCAUUGAAGGAGAAUCCGGGGAGGCAUAGGAUCUCCAUUGGUCGAAGCUUUUAUUCCAAAGAAUUCAGGGCAGCAGAUGACUUCCAUUGUGGUGUUGCUGCUUUUAGAGGCUUUGAACAAAGCCUAAUGCUCACUUCCCAGGGUCUAGUCUUAUGUUUGGAUUAUUCAGUUUUGGCAUUGCGCAAGCAGUUGUCAGUCAUAGACUUCCUUAAAGAACAUGUUCAGGGUUUCAGCCAAGUUAGUGAUGUCAGAUUAUUGAAAAGAGAAGUGACUAGUGCAUUAAAAGGAUUGAAAGUUGAUGUAACUCACCGUGUCACCACACAGAAGUACCCUAUAGCAGGGUUAAGCAGUCAAAAUACUCAAGAUAUUAAAUUCAUUUUCAAAGUUCCAAAGGGAAAUCAUCCACCAAGGGAAAUUGGCCUGGUUGAAUAUUUCAGGGAGACAUAUAGGAAGGAAAUUGUGUACAAGGAUAUUCCCUGUUUAGAUUUUGGGAGAAACAAUUAUGUGCCUAUGGAAUUUUGUGUUUUGGCGGAGGGGCAGAUUUACCCUAAAGACGACUUGGAUAGAGGAAGAAGCCUGUUACUGAAGAAGAUAUCAAUGCCUCCGCCAGAGGAAAGAAAGAACACUAUCUGCGAGAUCGUGCGGGCUGAAGAUGGACCUUGCGGAGAUGUCACUAAAAAUUUUGGAAUUGAAGUUCAGAAGACCAUAACAAGAGAAUCUGGUCGGGUCAUUAAGCCACCUAACUUGAAGGUUGGCAAAGGGGAAAUCGUAACAGUUGACAAGAAAUGCCAGUGGAAACUUUCUGGUAAAUCUGUGGUGGAAGGCAAGCCAAUCGAGCGAUGGGCCUUGAUAGAUUUCAGUUCAGAUAAACUGAACUCUGAUGCUUUCAUUCAGAAUCUGAAAUAUAAAUGCAAAAAUCUGGGCAUCCGUGUGGAGGAGCCUGUUGUGUGCCAUUUCACUGGCAUGCAUGAAUUCUCUAGUGUUGUUGCGAUUCAAAAACUUCUUGAAAGCGUGGUUAGUCAGGCCAAAGGGAAGUGUGAGGGCCGGUUACAAAUUAUUGUUUGUCUGAUGACUGAAAAGAAUCCUGGCAGAAAGUAUCUUAAAUGGGUCUCCGAGACUCAGAUUGGUGUACUGACUCAAUGUUUCUGUACUGACCAGUAUCUUGCAAACCUUGCUCUUAAGAUUAAUGCCAAGCUCGGUGGUAGCAAUGUAGAGCUGAUUGAACGGCUCCCCGGUACUGAAGGUGAGGAACAUGUUAUGUUUAUUGGGGCUGAUGUCAAUCAUCCUGCUGCACGGAAUGAAACAUGUCCAUCAAUAGCAGCAGUUGUUGCAACAAUGAACUGGCCUGCUGCCAAUCGCUAUGCUGCAAGGAUGUGUCCCCAGGAACACCGCAAGGAGAAGAUUCUGAAUUUUGGGAACAUGUGUUUGGAUCUAGUCAAUACUUACGCUCGACUUAACAAAACCAGGCCAAAGAAAGUUGUGAUUUGUCGGGAUGGGGUAAGUGAAGGCCAAUUCGAUAUGGUUCUCAAUGAAGAGUUACGUGAUAUAAAGAGGGCCAUAUGUAAUGAAGAUUACCAGCCAACAAUCACUCUUGUUAUUGCUCAGAAGAGACACCCGACCCGCCUGUUUCUUGAUAAUGGUGGGGGUGCAUCCGGCAAUGUGCCUCCUGGAACAGUUGUGGAUACCACAAUCGUUCAUCCUUUUGAAUUUGAUUUUUAUCUGUGCAGCCACUAUGGAACCAUUGGGACAAGCAAGACAACGCACUACCGUGUCCUCUGGGAUGAGAAUAAUUUUACGUCUGAUGAGUUACAGGAGUUGAUAUAUCACUUGUGCUUUACCUCUGCACGAUGCACCAAGCCUGUCUCAAUUGUGCCUCCAGUUUACUAUGCUGAUCUUGUUGCGUUCAGGGGACGUGAAUAUCAAGAGGUGGCGAUGGAGUUGCAGUCUUGUCCUUCAUCAUCAUAUUCGGUUGCUGCUGCUUCACUGGAUGAGCGUGUAUACAAAUUGCACAGAGACAUUGAGAACGAGAUGUUCUUCAUUUGAGGGGCCAAACAUGGUCGUCUAAAUCUCCUUCCCUAUUCUCAAUUGUGGAGGAGAUAACGUUAACUGCUGGAUUUGUCCGUACACAUUAGUGACAGAGUUUGUGUGUGAAUCUAAUUGGGUUUCAGUGACAGAGUUUGUGUGUGAAUCUAAUUGGGUUUCAGUGACGGCGUUUGUGUGUGAAU